AUGAAGACAUGCUAUUACGAACUUCUUGGGGUUGAAGCGACUGCAACAGAUUCUGAGCUCAAGAAGGCGUAUAGAAAAAAAGCUCUUCAGUUGCAUCCAGAUAAGAACCCUCAUGAUACAGAAGGUGCAAAUGCCAGAUUUGCCCUUGUCAGAUCUGCCUACGAGGUCUUAUCUGACCCGCAAGAAAGAUCCUGGUAUGACGCCCACAAGUCUCAAAUUCUACGUGAUGAGGAUGAUUUUUCUGCUUCAGAUGCCCCAGAGGAAAUGGUAAUCCCCAGUAUAUCAGUGCAAGAGCUUCUACGGUAUUUCAAUCCAUCCCUCUUUGCCCAAAUAGACAAUUCCCUAUCUGGAAUGUACAAUGUUGCUGGUCGUUUAUUCGAAAGAUUGGCUGCGGAAGAGGUCACGCAUGGGAAGUAUCAAAGACUCCCGAAAUUCGAUCUGUACAUGGAUGAUUCUGCCAACGUCAAUGCUCUUGAUGAGAAUGUCCUCUUGUAUCCCAGAUUUGGUAACUCGCAUACAGACUAUGCCAAUGUCAUCAGAAAUUUCUAUAAUACUUGGAGCAAUUUUCUGACUGUAAAGAGCUUCAAUUGGGUAGAUGAAUAUCGAUAUUCUGCUGCGCCUGACAGACGAACGCGACGUUUGAUGGAAAAGGAGAAUAAGAGAGCUAGAGAUGCAGCUCGAAAGGAAUAUAAUGAAACGGUAAGAAAAUUUGUUGGUUUCAUUAAGAAGAGAGACCCUCGAGUGAAAAAGGGUGCUGACCAGAUAGAAAGUAAUCGAAAGAGAAUGCAAAGAGAGAAUUUGGAGAGACAAGCUAAGGAACAGAAGAUCCAAAGAAUGGCUGAGAUUAGUAACCACACUGUUCAGGACUGGCAAGAAAUGGAUUUGCAAGAGUUGGAAGAACUCGAGGCAAUGUUGCGUGAAGAAUACAAUUUUGAAUCUGACGAGACCACAGACAGUGAAUUUGAUGAAUUUGAAGAUAACAUUAAUGAAAAUUACUACGAAUGUUUUGUGUGCAACAAAAAUUUCAAAUCCAAAAACCAGUUUGAAACGCAUGAGAAUUCAAAAAAGCACAAAGAAAUGGUAGAGUUAUUGAAAGAAGAAAUGCGUCAAGAGGGUAUUGAGUUGGGUAUUGAUAAAGAUGACAUUGAUCUUUCUGAGUUUGAAACCGCCAGCAGUGGGGAGUCAGGGAAUGAAAGCACGAAUAUGCCUAAUGAAGAAAUUAGCUCCAAUGUUGACGAGCUGAAAGAAAGCUUCGAUGUUGUCGAGGAUGAAGAGAAGAAUUGGAGCUCUUAUGAAGUCGACGAUGUUAUUGAGAGUGGAGAAAGCGAAAAUGAGCAGAUAGUUGAGAGCGUCAAGAAGAACAAAAAGAACAAAAUCAAGAAGAAGGGGCCAGCAAAUAUCGAGAAAGAUUUGGAAGACAAUGGCAAUAUCUUGGAUGAUGAACUUGAAAAGAUUGUGAACGGAAUUAGCUUAGAGGAUAGCGAUGACGAUUGGGCUAACGAUAAAAAGAAGAAAAAGAAACCGAAGAAGAGGUCAGAAGCCAGUAAGCUGCCCUCUGUCACUGAGCUUCCCUUGGAUGAUAAAGCUGAGAAAGCUAUGCCUGCGAAAGUUCCAAACGGCUCCGAAAGAUGUGAAGUGUGUAAGGAGAUUUUCACAUCAAGAAACAAACUUUUCCACCACGUCAAAAAAUCAGGACACGCCGCUCCGAUCUCAGAUAUUAAGAAGAAAGGGAAGAAAAAGCGUUAA